AUGGUGAAGAUCCCUUCGUCAUCCAGGGUCGGUGGUGGAUGGAAGUGGAGGCCACAGCGGGCCACCUCGUCACCAGCUGAUCCUGGUCUUGCUGUACUUGUGUCUUCCCUCUGCACUCUCAGCUUCAAAACACCACAUACCAUGUCGGCGCCAUCGGGAAUCAAGGUUCCGGAGACGCUUACGAGCGCUUUCGCGGACGCGAAGAGCAACGCCGCCAACACUCGUGCCCUCGUCUUCGUCAUCGAUGGUGAGGAGUUCAAGCACCACGACACGGUCGCACCGCAGGGCAGCUGGAGUGACGACAUCGCGCUCCUGGGCCCAACGCUGCCGACGCCGCAGACUCCGGCUUCCUUCGCGUACCGCCUCGACACGAAGAAGGGCGGCCUGUACGAGUGGAUGAUGGUCACUUUUGUCCCCGACGAUGCCGGCGUCCGCGCCAAGAUGCUGCAGGCUUCCUCCCGCGGAGGACUCAUGAAGGCCCUCGGCGCGAACAACUUUAAGCAUGACUGGUUCGCGACGUCGCACGAUGACCUCACGCCUCGCGCGCUCAAGGCGCACCUGGACCAUAUCCUCUCUCCUCCGCCGCUCACUGCUUCGGAGGCGGCUCUCGCCGAGGUCAAGGCGGCGGAGGCCGAGGAGGCGAAGCGCGCCGCGCAGGACGCCGAGACGAACCGCGCGCGACGAGCUGCCGUCAUCGGUCUCGGUGGCAAGACGCAGUGGAGGGACGGCGUCGCCGACGCGCUCGCCAAGGUCGCUGAGCGCUCUGAUGACGGCUGGGUCGUUGCUGUCCAGAUCGGAAGCGACGCCAAGACGAUCGAGCUGCUCACGUCUGAGGCGUGCAAGCCCGAGGAGCUUGCUGGGAAGCUGCCCGACAAGCAGCCGGCAUACGUCUUCUACUCAUACCCCACCCCGCCACCUGCGACGCCGCCUCCGGCGCCCAAGCCUGCUACCGCUGCACCGGCCGCGGCCAAGAACACCUUCCAGGCUACUGCUGGUGGUGCUCGUCCCGUCGAGGCUAGCAACGCGCCGCGCUACGAUGCCGAGGAGAAGGAGGGCGACGAUGCCGACAUGAAGGACCACGAGGAAAAGCCUAAGGACGAGGAUGAGGAGAAGAAGGAUGAGGACACCGAGGAGAAGAAGGAUGACGAGGCCGAGGCCGGCGAGGGCAACGAGAAGGAAGGCACGCCCUCGGUGUCCAACCUCGCUAUCGACGAGCCCGACCGCGUCACGCGCUCUCCCUCCCCACUCCCCCCGUCCAGCCCGGAACCCGUCAAGGGCCGCGUCGUGUUCGUGUACUGGUGCCCGCCCGGCUCGCCCGUCAAGUUCCGCAUGGUCUACUCCACAACAGUCCGCGGCAUGCAGCAAGACGCACAGGACAAGGCCGGCAUCGCGCUGGCGGGUAAGCUUGAGGCAAGCGACCGCUCCGACGUCUCGGCCAAGGAGCUGAAGGAGGCCCUGCCCGGCUCCGGCCCCUCGGGCUCGACGACGGGCACGAGCACGCCCGCCAAAUCCCACUCUGCCGGCCCCGCCUUCCCCAUGCCGCGUACCCGCGUCCACGGCUUUGGAGCGCCCAAGCCUGGAUCUCCUGCACCCAUCUUUGGCGCGCCGGCGCCCGCCGGGUUCGGCCGUGCUCCCCAGCGUUCCCAGACCCUCGACCCUAGUGAGACCUCGGCGGCUAGCGAGAGGAAGGCAGAUGACGAGGACGACUCCAAGGAGCGCAUUAAGAAUGCCUUUGACGCCUUUGGACCCCGCGUAGGCGCCGGAGGCGGCUUUGCCCGUCCCCGCGGACCGGGCCGUAGGUAG